AUGAGUUCUGUCAAAGUAAUCUGGUCCCAGAUACCUAAAGACGAGCGGAGGAAGAAGCUAGCAAAUGCUCACAUCGAAAAGAAGAACAAGUUGGAUGAAGCAGAGGCAGACAAAGGAGAUCUUGAUAUAGAGAGACAACGAGGAGGAAUGGUGAACGAAAACAGAGUCGCAGAUCUGGAGCGAGCCAUUAUCGUGUACGGAAACGAAGCUUUUCUUCUCGAUCUUACCCUCAAGAUCUACGAUUUGACAUGCAAGACGACGAAGACUCCAGAUGACAAGCAGAGGCUUACGGACUUCUGGCGAGAGCUUGAUAAUCGCGCGUCUAAACCUCAGAAGUUGAAGGACGACCUCAACCUCGACAAGUUGUGGGAGCAGCUCAAGCUGGAUUCUGGCUAUACCGGAUAA